AAGAAGAGAACGAAAAGAAGCGUAAGAGCAGCAGUAGUAGUAAAAGGAAGGAAAAUUAUAUUGCCCUAGACGUACCUUGGUGCGAUUCACCGUUGUCGUCGUCGAUUUUCCAUUGUGUAGUGGAAAAUAUUUUUGCGGAAUUCGGAAGAAUCUGGUUCAAUAAUCUGAACGAAGAAAUUUUAAACCGUCGAUUGCCUAUAUCGUGGUUUUCAGUGCGUGUGUGAAGCCGAGAGUGUUUUCCCGUUUUUUUUUCUACCAUCUUCCUCUCACUGGUGUAUGAUGGUGGCGCAGGAAGUGUAAAUCUUUGCCAGCAGCAGCAAAUGGAAAAGCGUCGCGGGUUGCAUGAUUUUUGCUAAUGUAGUCGCGAAAAAAGAUACUUUUGUGGGUAUAAUUCCGUGCGAAAAGUGCAACUGAAUGUAGAAAAGAAAACUCCUUUAUCGGGAGUUUGUGUAAUUUUUUUCUUUUUCUCUGCUGUCGAACAUUGGUUGAAGCAGUAGUAGCAUCGGUUGGAGGAGGACCAGCAGAAAUUUUCUGACUGACAGUAGAGAAAGACCAAGAAAAAGAGUUUGUGGAGCACCCCUCAGAAAAACAAGAAGAGUCAGCCAGCAAAGCAGAACAAAAAGAAAACAGAUAAAACGACGAUCCUCUAGGACGGAUUGGAAUAAGGAGAAAAAGUAUAUUUUGCAUUCAUCUGUUUUGAGCCGCUGGCUAUUUUCGAAAAAAAAAAGAAUUGAUUAAUUCUGCUAAUUGACGUUUCAUUCAUUAGACAUACAGCAAAUUCUAAAACUGAAGAAAGAAUAAUAAGAAUUGGUUUCUUGCAACUUUACUCCUUUGUGAGUAAGUUUGUCUGCACUCGAAUGUAUUUAUGUAGGCCACUAGUCCUUAUGCGACGAGCAGUAAAUGCAAAUACAAACAGUAGCCGCUGAUUCAAGAAUUCAAUAUCCGAAGAAACUGUCUAUCAGCUUCAACAUCGAUAUUCUUGGAAAACAGUCAUCAUUUGGCGGCCAUAGCAAUAACAGCAACAGAUACAAGCCCUUCUGGCCCGGUUGUCAUCAAAUGUGCUGCUGGAAAUGAUUAAUACAAAGGACGAAGUCGUAAACUGGUUCAAAGAGUUAAAGAGCUACAACCGGAUAGAUACGAUGUGCACCUUGCUCAACAUGUGCCUUCCAUUCGAGCUACGCUUCCUGGGAACGUGUCUAGAGGAACUUGGUAGACGCGAUGCUCAGGAGCUCCGCGGUAUCGAACUGCGGGUGAACAAUCCUUUAGAAUUUAUAUCGGACAUCGCUUCCUGUCAAAGCGGAGAACCCACGGAUCGGAAAAAUCGUCGUAAAAUGGCUCUUUUCCUAGCGUUGAUCAGGGCUUGUAAUCAUACAUGCGUUAAUGAAUUAUUCAAAACGCUUGAAGGUUGGGGAACGCGGGAUUUCGCCCGACUUUUUGACGAAGACGUAUUGCAGGAAUUGCUGUUGGUCUAUACGAUGGCUACGAAUCAUCCGGUUUUUUCAUUUGAGCAACGCAUGAGAUGUGGCGACAUAUUUAACAAACUGAAGACUUGUGAACUAAAGCCGUCGAGUCAACAUGAAUCGGAUAAUAUAUCAAACGCGACUCCCCCUCCUAGUGCAGGAACUCCACUGGGAAUGCCUCCGCCACUUCAGCAGCCACAGCAACAUUCGGUUACGCCCCAACAACAACAAAUGCAAUUGCAAAUGCCUAUUCCAAACCAACAGACGGGGCCUUUGCCACCGCCUCAGCAAACGACAAUUCCGAUCCCGGGUUUUCCGCAACCUACAAUAGCUCAGAUGAUCACUGGUGAUGGUAGCAUGCCUGCACAUAUGACAGUAGAAGGCCUCCAGCAGAUGCAAAUGCAGAUACCUCAGGACUUCACAAUGCCACCACCUUCGACCGGGCCACCUCAUUGGACGCUUCGCAAUCCUAUGUUCCAGGUGGGACUAGAUACUUCUUUUCCCCCUCCAUCAUCAUCGCCCCAUUUGAGCAAUCCAUCGUCACCGAUCCAUAGUCGUACGGCGAGUCCGACGAGGAUUCCUGCGAGCAGUGUGCAGCAUCGAAUCAGCCGAAAUCAGCAACCGACCCCAGUGGAGCAGCAGCAAACGCAACGGCAACAUCAACAUCAUCACCAGCAGGACCAUCGAGAUAGGGAUGUACAGCAACAAUCGCAACAAUCAUUGAAAUCAGUUGAUGAGUCGGUGCUGGUAGGGGUGGACCAAUCAAUGGCAUUAACUCAGCUUCAGCAAUUGCGAAACGGAUAUCGCCCCAGUCACAACACGCUGCCACGACAGUCGAACAAGCAGAGUUAUGUAAACCAGAUUCAGUUCCAUCAUCAACAACAGCAGCAGGCUCAUCAACAGCAGCAGCAGCAGCAGCAGCAGCAGCAGCAGCAGCAGCAACAACAGCAACAUCAGCAAUCUAGUUUUCACGGCAGUACUGGCUUGGGAUUGUCCUACACGUUGAAUAAUAUAAGUCUGAUUGAUCUGACGCAAAAGUCUAGUAGCGAUUCUGGUAGCUCAACUGGGGAAAUUUCUCCACCGGAGACUCCUGGUUUGCAUGUGGCACCAUCGAACAAUAUAGGCGGACUUGCUCGAAGUAGAUCGUCGAAUAUGGGCAGGAUUAAUGGGCGUCCGGAUAAGCAGCAACAAUUAGGCAGUUCUGUGAUAUAUACUCAAACAGCAGCACAGCAGCAAGCUUCUGUUCAGUCCCAGCAGCAGUUCGUCGGCGGUAGUAACGAUAUAAUGGUAACAUCCGCUACACAAAAUUUAAUUAGUAAUUGUAAUAAUAAUAAUAACAAUACUAUGAAUAAUAGCAAUGGAAAUAACAAUUGCGUAGUGUCAAGCGCUGUAUUAAUAGGAGCUCCGACGCCAACGGUUGGUGGCACGAACUUAGUUCUGAGCUCGCAACCACAGUUCACUGCUCCUUAUCCACCAUAUCAUACGGCGCAUUUGGCUGCAACACGACCUGCCCUCUUGUCAGCCCACGCUGCGACAGCACUUCCGCCGGGCACUGCAUUCCGACCUCCAGUGUAUCCAACGAUGCAGCACAACGGAGAGAUUAUUUAUCCGUAUACGGCCCAGGUCGCAACCGUUGGUGGAGGUGCAACCAUAACAUUUCUGCCUCCAUCUGCCGCAGCGCCGGUAGCUACUAGCACCCAGACUCUACAAACAAUCCGGUCAGUAGCAUCGUCGCAGCAACCACCCCAACAGCAGAUUCAGUCACCACAUUCGCAACCCCCGCUAAUACAGCAAAAGGUGCCCCCGGCUUACACACCUCCUGCAGCCGUUGGAGCUGCGCCUUCUCAGCUUCCUCCAAGUGCUACAACUCCGACGGGGAUGUAUUCAGCUAUGUCCUGCUUUAAUUGUGGUUCUCAGAAACACACUGGACUGGACUGCCAAGAAGCUUCUAUGGAGGACGUGACGCGGAACUCAGUUUAUAAGUUGGACUACAACGCGGCGAUUGCAGCCGCCGCGGCCGCUGCCGCAUCGGUGUCGGGGUCGUCCCAGCCAAACAGCGUUACGCUAGCAGCGUCAGUAACUGCACCUUCGUCGUCAUCACCGCCCUCGUCCGCUUUGGUGUCGUCUCUGCCAUCUGCAGUGUUGUCUUCUGGCGUGUCUCUGGUGUCGUCGUCCUCGUCAUCUUCGUCAUCUUCUUCUUCAUCAUCUUCGUCCUCUUCUUCGUUAGCUUCCUCCUCGGUUGCGUCAUCAACAACGGCACUGCCGCUACCGCCAACACCACACCAACAACCGCAGCACGGACCUAACCUUAUUAGUAGUAGUAGUAGUAACAAUAGCUCGCUAGACGCCCCCACAUCUGUAUCAACACAAACGAUAAAUAAUCAAACGGAUAGCAGUAGUAGUAGUACUAUUAGUAAGUGAUUAUCAAUCUAAACUAAACCUUAAAAAAGAAUGAAAAAAAAAACAUAUUCUAUAAGAAGGAAAAAUAAUUUAAUGGUAACUAGUGAGUAUACUCUCCAAAAAAAGGAUAACAAUCUAAACAGCUAUAGACAACAAAAACACACAACUCUGAGCUAAUCAGAACUAAUGACUUAGAAGAGUGAAUGCAAAAUUAGAAACAAAGAAAUUGUUUUAUUGCUGCGAUUAUUAUCCAAAACAACAUAGUGAUAAAACUGGGUUUACGAGAGAAAGAGAGAAAAAAGACCAAUUGUUGGUUUUGAAGGCGUGCUCCUACCAAGGAUUGGAAGCGAUUGAGUUUCAUCGGUUGGCAAUGGUUCAGUUCCCAAAAACAGUAACUUAAUUGCCGUCGAGUGCCAUUUUUAUAUAUAUAUAUUUUUUAACUGGGGACGCAGAUGCGAACAAAAAUGAAUGCAUAGUGAGCAUUGAUAUUAGAUAUUCAAGAACUACACGAGAACGAAAAAACAACAACAAAACAAUACAGACAUGUAAUAAUAAAUCUUUGAAGCAAAGCUUUCCGCAAAUUAUGGGUGACAAAUGAAAGAGAUCGAAGUAGGAGCACGGCAAUCAAGAGAAAUCUUAUUGAUUAAGAUCAAUCAAGCAUUAAUUAAACCAGGUCUUAAAGUGUUUUUGUGUUCUGCUAGGACAAACCCAAUAACUCAGAAUAUUUAUUUUGCUUUGCCCUUUUAUUUUAUAGUUUGUCAAUAUUGCUAUCGCUGCAGUAGUUUUUUUUUCUGUUUCGUAUAGUAUCAGUUUUUAAGAUUACUACUUAUUAUUAAUACGCUAUAAGGACUCUGCUCUGCGGGCAGGUAAAAAAAAAAGAUUGUAGAAGAUCAAGUUCAGCAUAAAUCGAAGCAUACUUUUUUUAAUUGUUUAUUUAAAAAUAGUUAUGAUUUAAUGUAAUACAGUGUAAAUGUACUUGUUGAUACGGUUAA